GAAUCCCCACCAAGGCACCAACCAACUAGAAUAAUCAAGAAUAGGUUUAUCUCAUAUAUAUAUAUAUAUAUAUAUAUUAAUAAAUAAACAAAUAAAUAAAUGGAAAAUGCUUCAAUUAUUUUUUGAGGAACGAAAAUGCUUCAAUUAUUUGAUACAUAUAUCUGCAACCAUAUCAAGCGUGAGUCUGCGUGACUUGUGAAGGGCAGUCUUUUUCGGCUUGCAGGAUGAAGGACCAGACCAGACCUGGUGCCCCAGAGCUUGAUCCCCUACUACAGGAUGUCAAUUCUCUGGAGAAUCAAAUCCCAUCAGGGGCAUCCAUUUCCGGUGCAGUGUUCAACAUCUCAACAACCACAGUGGGAGCUGGAAUCAUGUCCAUUCCGGCCGCCAUUAAGGUCUUAGGCGUUGUUCCUGGUUUUGUUGUCAUCUUGGUGAUGGCGUUUUUGGUGGAUGUCUCGGUGGAGUUCAUGUUGAGGUACACUCAGUACGGCAAGUCCACCACCUAUGCUGGCUUGAUGGCCGAGUCCUUUGGACCAUCUGGGUCCGUUGCUGUGCAACUCUGUGUCACGGUAACCAACCUUGGGUGUCUGAUAAUCUAUUUGAUCAUCAUUGGGGAUGUCCUGUGUGGAAACCAGUCUGGGGUAGUCUCGCACUUGGGUAUUUUGCAGGAAUGGAUUGGCAUUCAUUGGUGGAACUCAAGGGCUUAUGCACUGCUCUUCCUUGUGCUCUUUGUGAUGCUUCCACUGGCAUCACUAAGGCGGAUGGACUCAUUGAAGCACAGUUCAGCCAUAUCCAUUUUCCUUGCUGUGGUGUUUGUUAUCAUGUGCUCAACCAUGGCAAUUGUCGCAUUGUUUCAAGGGAAAACUCAAAGUCUGAGACUGCUACCAGACCUUGGCAAUCAGACCUCAGUCCCUGAUCUUUUCACUGCUGUCCCAGUUCUCUCAACAGCUUUUGGAUUUCAAGUCCUUGUUCAUCCAAUUAGAGCAGAGCUCAGAAAACCUUCUGAUAUGAGCUUGGCAAUCCGGAUUUCUUUAGCAGUCUGUGUAGCCAUUUACUUUUUCAUUGGUUUAUUUGGGUACCUACUGUUUGGGGACUCCAUCAUGGCUGACAUUCUUGUAAACUUUGAUCAAAAUUCUGGUUCUCUAGUUGGUCGAAUUGUAAACGACUUUGUUAGAUUAAGCUAUGCCAUACACAUAGCCCUUGUUUUUCCUGUGAUGAACUUCUCUUUGAGGGCUAACAUACAUGAAUUACUCUUUGCAAAGGAGAGAACUGUUCUGGGCAGACACACCCUAAGAUUCAUGUUCCUCACUUGCAGUCUGCUUGCUCUGACAUACAUACUAGCCAUAACCAUACCCAACAUAUGGUACUUCUUUCAGCUCAUAGGAUCAACAACCGUUGUUUGCAUCUCGUUCAUAUUCCCGGCUGCAAUUGUUAUCAGGGAUGUAUACAGGAUAUCGACAAGAAAGGAUAAAUUUAUGGCUGUAGUAGUGAUCGCCGUGGCUGUGCUAACAAGCAUAAUUGCUAUAUAUACAAACUUGUCUAAUUCAAUCAGAGACUAGAAAUGUUUCUUUCUUCCUGAAGAAUAAAAAAUACAGAUAUUUAAUUGAUAGUGUGAUCUGUGUUUCUUCUUUAUCAGGCAUAUGAUUGUUCCUCUAAAUUGUUAAGCUCAAAGGGUUGAUGAAAUAAAUUGACUUCAUGAUU